AUGAAAUUCCCGGGCUCCGUCCUCGUCUCGCUGUUCCUCUUCGUGGCCGAGACGGCGAUCGCCUUGUACCUGAGCAGCACCUACCGCUCGGCUGGUGACCGCAUUUGGCAAUCGCUGACGCUCCUCUUCGCUCUCUUGCCUUGCAUCCUGGUCCAGUUCAGCCUCGUCUUCAUCCACCGCGACCUCAGCCGGGACAGGCCGCUGGUGUUGCUGCUCCACAUCCUGCAGCUGGGACCCAUUGUCAGGUGCGUGGAAGUUUUUUAUAUUUACUUUCAUGCAGGUAGAGUGGAAGAGCCCUAUGUCAGUAUCACUAAGAAAAGACAGAUGCCAAAAGAUGGACAUUCAGAAGAGGUUGAGAAGGAAGUAGGCCAGGCAGAGGGGAAGCUGUUUACACACAGAUCUGCAUUUAGUCGAGCGUCAGUGAUUCAAGCUUUCCUAGGAUCUGCACCUCAGCUAACACUUCAGCUUUACAUCUGUGUCCUGCAACAAGAGAUCACAGCAGCUAGAAGUAUCUUCAUGGUUCUUUCCCUCCUGUCAAUUGUGUAUGGAGCAUUGCGAUGCAAUAUUCUGGCCAUUAAGAUCAAGUAUGACGAUUAUGACAUCAGUGUGAAACCUGCUGCCUACCUUUGCAUUUUCCUCUGGAGGAGCUUUGAGAUUGCAACAAGGGUGAUAAUCCUCGUCCUCUUCAGUUCAGUUCUUCAGAUCUGGAUCCUGCCUGUGGUGCUGGUGAAUUUUUUUGCUUUUUUCUUUCAUCCUUGGAUUCAGUUCUGGCAAAGCAAGUGUACUCUGCCAGAAAACAUAGAGAAGGCCUUGAGCAAAGUAGGUACCACCAUCGUCUUAUGUCUCCUCACUUUCCUGUAUGCCGGCAUCAAUAUGUUUUGCUGGUCAGCAGUGCAGCUGAAGCUUAAUGAUUCUGAUUUAAUUGACAAAUCCCCAAACUGGAGUAGGCUGGCUUUGUACUAUUUGCUGAGGUUCUUUGAGAAUGCUUUUCUCUUACUAAUGUGGUACACAUACAAGACAGAUGUCUACACAUAUGUAUGUGCUCCAAUGCUGUUCUUGCAACUGCUGAUUGGCUACUGCAUAGCUGUCCUUUUUAUGCUUGUGUUCUACCAGUUCUGCCAUCCAUGCAAGAAGCUUUUUUCUUCCAAUAUUUAUGAAGGAUUGGUCAUAUGCUUCAAGUUUUUUUGUCAUGUCUGCAAACCUCUGACAUCUAGCAACUCUGUAGAAAAGGAGAACUUGAAAUCCCCAGAGAAUACUGAAAAUGGUGCCCAGGCUAGUUACAAGGCAAAUGAAUCCCAAAAUGGAAGCACUCAGCAGAGUGUAUCUUCUAAUGCAUAG